AUGGAGUAUUUACAUCAAUCCUCUUUUCCUGCUACAAAGUCAGAACUUGAAAUAUUUUCCGUUCCUCCAACUCAAACAGCAAUUUCUCAUAGUUAUCAAGUAGAAUAUAGACCUACAUCUAGUAUUGAAAAAGGAGAUUCUUUUGAAAUAUUAGUCCCUGCAAGUGAUGAUUUCACAGAUUUACAAGCAACAAUGAUUGAUUUGAUUGUUGGUACUGUUAAUACCUCUCAAGCCAGUAACCGAUAUCAUUAUCAGUCAUGGUUUGAAGACACAUUGUUUAGAGUCAAAAAUAAAAUUGAUUCUGGUAGAAUGGAUGAGUCUGAUUCAACAAGAAUAGCAAAUGGAAUUUUCGAUCUAUACUUCAGAAUGCACCUGCCCCUAUGUGAACAGGAUAAGCUGUUAAUCAAUGCAGUCCCAAUAUCUUUUCGUUUCAACAAGUCACCUGAAGGUUUCCCUUUAAUCAAAACAGAUGCAACAGAUACAGAAAGUUAUCAAGUUCAGUUGAAUGCAAUCACUUUACACAUACGUCGAGUAAAAUUGUUCCCUGAUGCUCAAAUUAGCAUUCUCAAAGGUUUGAUAAAAUCACCUGCAAAAUAUUUCAUAACAAGAAAUGAAAUAAGAGUUUUUUCAAUAAGCUCAAAUUUAGUUGGAGCAACAAUUGAAAGUUUAUUCUCUGGCAUAUUACCGCGAAGAGUUGUAAUUGGUUUUGUUGAUGAUGCAGCACACAUUGGAUCAUUAACUAAAGAUCCUUAUCAAUUUCAACAUUUUAACAUUAACUACAUCGCAUUACAAGCUGAUGGAAAUUUGAUUCCUAGCCUACCAUAUCAACCUAAUUUUGAGAAAAAGCUUUACAUGCGAGAGUUUGUAAAUCUUUACAGAGCAUUAGGACAAGAUGAAGGUCAACCUCAACUUGAUGUCUCAUAUGAAGAUUUUGGAAAGUCAAAAACUCUAUUUGCAUUCGAUCUUACUCCUGAUGGAUCAAUAGGAGCUGAGAAUGGAACUCUCUCAUUGUUGAAACGAGGAAAUAUAAGAUUACAUGUGAAGUUUUCUAAGACAUUGACAACUUCAAUCAAAGCAAUCAUUUUUGCUCAAUUUGAUAACGUCAUCACGAUUGAUCAAAACAGGAAUGUAACUGUAGAUUACUAA